ACCAUCGACAUUCUUUCAAUAUGGCUUCGAACGCGUCACAACCUUCGAGCAUGGCGAAGACUUCUGAGCCAAAUCGCAACAAGAAGUAUGACCCAAAGAAGCCUCAUAUCACCGAGGAGCCAAUCACCAAGGCAAAUUGGUAUAAACACGUUAACUGGCUUAACAUCACUCUCAUUGUUGGAGUUCCCAUCUAUGGUCUCAUCAUGGCCUACUGGACUCCUUUGCAGUGGAAGACGGCUGUCUGGGCUGUUCUUUACUACUUCAUGACUGGUUUGGGCAUUACAGCUGGUUACCACAGACUUUGGGCACAUUCCUCAUACUCUGCCACACUCCCAUUAAAGAUUUUCCUCGCAGCCGUUGGAGGUGGAGCCGUCGAAGGUUCCAUCAGAUGGUGGUCAAGAGAUCACAGAGCUCAUCACAGAUACACCGAUACCGAUAAGGAUCCAUACUCCGUACGAAAAGGUCUCCUAUACUCUCACUUCGGAUGGAUGAUCAUGAAACAAAACCCAAAGCGUAUUGGCCGUACCGAUAUCUCCGAUUUGAACGAUGACCCAGUCGUCGUUUGGCAACAUCGCAACUACAUCAAGACCGUUAUCUUCAUGGGUAUGGUCUUCCCAUGUCUCGUCACUGGUCUUGGUUGGGGUGAUUGGUUCGGUGGUUUCAUCUAUGCUGGUAUCCUCAGAAUCUUCUUCGUUCAACAAGCUACUUUCUGUGUCAACUCUUUGGCUCAUUGGCUCGGUGACCAACCUUUCGAUGACCGCAACUCUCCUCGUGAUCACGUCAUCACUGCUCUCGUUACUCUCGGAGAAGGUUACCACAACUUCCAUCACGAAUUCCCAUCUGAUUACCGUAACGCUAUCGAAUGGCAUCAAUAUGACCCAACCAAAUGGUCCAUCUGGAUGUGGAAGCAACUCGGCCUCGCCUACGAUCUUAAGCAAUUCAAGUCCAACGAAAUUGAGAAGGGCCGUCUUCAACAACUCCAAAAGAAACUCGACCAAAAGAGACAAACUCUUGACUGGGGUAUUCCUCUUGAACAAUUACCAAUCAUCGAUUGGGACACCUAUCAAACCGAAGCCAAGAAUGGACGUGCUCUCGUUGCUGUCGCUGGUGUCAUUCACGACGUCACCGACUUCGUAAAGGAACAUCCAGGUGGAAAGGCACUUAUCACAUCCGGUAUCGGCAAAGAUGCAACUGCUAUUUUCAAUGGUGGUGUCUACAACCAUUCCAACGCUGCCCACAAUCUUCUUUCAACCAUGCGUGUAGGUGUCCUACGUGGUGGAUGUGAAGUUGAGAUCUGGAAGCGUGCUCAACGUGAGAACAAGGAUAUUUCUUUUGUCAGUGAUACCGCUGGUCAAAAGAUUAUCCGAGCUGGUAGUCAGGUAACCCGUAUUGCGGAACCUGUUCCAUCAGCCGAUGCUGCAUAAGCAUUUUCAUUAAUGAGUGGAUGAUCCGAAUGCCUUCAAUUGAAUGGUAAAAUUAAAAAUUGCAUCUUUGUUUUUUACAAGCGUGGGUUAGUGUGUCGUUUUAGACUGGGGCGUUGGUAAUACUGGUCAACAUGGUGAUUUUAAUAUUAAAGUCAAGGAACGGAUGGUGGGAUGGGUUACUUUUUUUUCUAAACUGAGCAAGACGAUAAAUGGUUCAGAUUAUGUAUCUUAGACAAGCGUGAAAGGAAGAAAGACUUUACAUUUUGGAAGGGGAUGAUGAGAUGGCUCAUAAAUAUUUGAGUCAAUAGAAUUAAACCUGUUACUUUCACA